GCUGCAAGUACCCGACGGUGUACGCAUCUUUUACCCCUGCGUCAUACCGACAAGCUGGCAGGCAUAGGUUUCGGCGCCAGGACUUUUUUUUUCCAGGAGACAUGCCUGGCACUGCAUGAGUGAAGAAACUGUCCUCCGCGCCUAGCUGGGCCCCAGCCCCUCGGCACAUACCUUGCUCUUGAAUCUCUUGUUUCUGGGCCCGAAACGCUGCUUGGACUCGACAUAGGAUAUCCGUACUGGGAUCCGGGUCGGUCGAGUUGCUACGAAACAGAUUUCAAAAUGGCUUUAUCAUGGCCUGUCAAGGACAUCGUGUACACCUCGAUAGUGGGCGUCGUCAUGCUGGCUGCGCUCCUGGAAUGGUUCCUGUGGAUCGGUGCAUUUUUGUACUGUCUCUGGAAGGUCUUCCGGAAGUCUGAACACUGGACCGUGAAUGUCCUGGCUGUGGUCGUUGCUGUGGCUUUCUUGCUGCUGCGGGCCAUCUUCCUACCCAUCAUGAUUGUGACCUUGCCCCUGCCAAGCCAGAUCGUCAGCUAUUGGCCGGAGAAGAUGGUUGAUUUUCUCCUGGGGUUCGCUUUCUGGUCCUUUGCCGGCCUGCUGACGAUCCCGUGGCUAUUCUGCGUGUAUCAGCUCGUCACUCAUCAGCUGGGACGGACGAAGCGCAUCAAGCAGCUUUUGGACGAGGACUCCGCCCCAAAGGUGGUCAUAGUAAUGCCAUGCUACAAGGAGGAGCCCGACGUUCUCAUAACAGCCAUCAACUCCGUGGUCGACUGUGAUUAUCCGCCGUCAUGUAUCCACGUCUUUCUGUCAUUCGACGGUGACCAAGAAGACGAGCUGUACCUCACCGCCAUAGAGAGGCUCGGCGUGCCCCUCACUCUCGAGAGCUACCCAAAGAGCAUCGACAUCGCCUACAAAGAUGCCCGGAUCACAGUGUCGCGGUUCCCACACGGGGGCAAGCGAAACUGCCAAAAGGCGACCUACAAGCUCAUCGACAGGAUCUACAGCGACUACCUCAAGAUGAACGACAACCUCUUCAUUCUCUUCAUAGACUCGGACUGCAUCCUGGACCGGAUGUGCCUGCAGAACUUCCUCUACGACAUGGAGUUCAGCCCGGGCAACCAGCGCAACAUGCUCGCCAUGACGGGGGUGAUCACGUCGACGACCAAGAAGCACAGCAUCAUCACGCUGCUGCAGGACAUGGAGUACAUCCACGGGCAGCUGUUUGAGCGGUCGGUCGAGUCCGGGUGCGGGUCGGUGACGUGCCUCCCGGGGGCGCUGACGAUGCUGCGGUUCAGCGCGUUCCGGCGCAUGGCAAAGUACUACUUUGCGGGCAAGGCGGAGCAGUGCGAGGACCUGUUCGACUUCGCCAAGGACCACCUGGGCGAGGACAGGUACCUGACGCACCUGUUCAUGAUCGGGGCCAAGCGCCGGUACCAGAUCCAGAUGUGCACGUCGGCGUUCUGCAAGACCGAGGCGGUGCAGACGUACGCGUCGCUGGUCAAGCAGCGCCGGCGCUGGUUCCUCGGGUUCAUCACCAACGAGGCCUGCAUGCUGACCGACUGGCGCCUGUGGCGGCGGUACCCCGUGCUGGUGCUGUACCGCUUCUGCCAGAACACGAUCCGCACCACGGCGCUGCUCUUCUUCGUCAUGGUGCUCGCGCUGCUGUCGACCGAGAAGAGCAUCGCGGACCUGCCGGUGGGCUUCAUCGCCGUGUCGCUCGGGCUCAACUGGCUCAUGAUGAUCUACUUUGGCGCCAAGCUGCGCCGGUAUAAGAUCUGGCUCUACCCCAUGAUGUUUGUGCUCAACCCCUUUUUCAACUGGUAUUACAUGGUCUACGGCAUCUUCACGGCGGGCCAGCGCACGUGGGGGGGCCCGCGGGCCGACGCCGCGGCGGCGGACAAGAACACCACGGUGCAGGAGGCGAUCGAGCACGCCGAGCAGACGGGCGACGACCUCAACAUCAAGCCCGAGACGUUCAUCCCCGCCACGGUGGAGCAGCGACAACUGCACCAACAGCAGCAACAACAACAACAACGGGCGCACGAGGUUGGCGACGAGGAGGAGGCCCGCGUGGCGGGGGAGAGGAGGCGCAGGAGGAUGUCAACGCGGAGGGGCGACGGCCUCGGGCGCCAGAGGAGCGUGCUGCAGCCGCCGCCGCAGGUGGAGGGCCUGUUCGCCGCGCCGCUGAGGACCGAGGGCGGGGUCUAUCGGUACCCGGACCCCGGGGCGGAGUCGGGCGGGAGCACCACCGAGGUCUCCUCCGGCAGCGGCGGCGGGGCCGGGGCCGGGGACGCCAGCAGGCCCGGGCGGAACAGCAGGGCAGCAGCAGCAGCAGCAGCAGCAGCAGCAGCCCCUGCGAGCGGUGGGGGUCGUGCCUUCAAGGCCAGGCACAGGCCCGAGGACAUCGAGAUGCGCGGGUCGUCGUCCCUGGAGAGCUCCGCCCUGUCGAACAGCACCGCCGCGGUGGCGAAGGGCAAGGGCGUCCACCGCCGCAGCAGCGGCGACGGCAGGCCGAGCUCCUCCUCGUCUUACGUGAAUGGGCUGCGGUCUGCGUAUUCCUCGGCGGCGUACAUGUCACCGCACGAGAUGGUGGCAACAGCACCACCAGCGCCACCACCGCAGCCUCAGCCCGAGCCGGCGGGCGGCGAGAAGGACAACAACAUGGGGGACGGCAGCGAGGAUGGUGGUGAUGAUGAUGAUGACACGGCCUUUAUGAACGACGAGGACCGCCGGAAGUACGAGAUGGCGCACGCGCGGCAGGCUAAGAGGCUGUCGCAGCACGUGCAGCCGCACCAUCAUCGUCAGCCCCCGGCUGGCCCUGCCACUGCCACCACCACCACCAUGCGUCACCACCACCACCUUCAACACGUGUACGGGUUCCCCGGAACCACUACGGCGGCGGUGGGCACUGAGACGGGAUAUGCCGAGACGCUGCCCGGCACGCCGGUCCACGAGAGGUCUGCGGAGGGCCUGCGGGACGGCGGCGGCGGCGGUGGCGGUGGCAACCUGGCCGUGCCUGCUGCUGGGGGGUCGAGGCAGAGGGGCAGGAGCCCGCUGGCGGGUGGGGAGGUGUAUGUGAGGGUCCCGUUUGAGGAUGAUGGGGACCUGGAGGAUGAGGAGACGACGGCCUCUUCGAGUCACAAUGGGAGGAGAUGAGAUCAACCAAGCCAGGGGUUUGUUUGCUGAGAGAUAUCAGCGUUGGAUUCUGUGAUAUCAGUGGCCAUAGACAGAUCUUGGGAGAAGGAAUGACAGUGCAGGUUCUUUGCGGUCCAUGGCGCGAGGAAAUCCCAGGGUUUUACUGGAUGAGGUCUAGGUCUGUCUGGAUGCAAUCGCUCGCUGCACAGUCCCGAAUUCUGCCCUUCCUUGAGGUCUUGCCCAUUUAUUCCAUUUGGAAUAAUCACUAAGCAACCCAGUUGCGGUGCAUCGAACAGGCAUGUGAAGACGGACCAAC